AGGAACAGAUGCUGUUUUCUUUCCACCAAAAUACAUUUUUAAUGUAUUUUAAUGUUAACAUCUGGCCUGAAUGUAGUUAUCUUUGAAUGGCUGCCUUUCCUGUCGGAGGGAAUCUGAGGUCGUGAUUUGGUUUGCUGGAGCGCGUGAGCACUGAUGUUGUUCCGGUGCUAGUGUGACCUUCUCGAAGAUUCGAGAAAACAGUAACAUCGAUUAUGUUUAAACAAUACAGUGUCAUAUUUGUGAUGUGAGACGUAGAAGGCCCCUUAUACUGGUGGGAUAAGCCCUAAUAGGCCUCGGCUCCAUCUUUUUUCAGCACCACCCCUGCUGGACAGCGCGAGAGAGACACGCACAGAUGAUGUACCGUGAUCUCCCCCGUCUUUUCAAAAAUACUAAAGUUGUGAUGUACACUUAGGGUUGCAAAACCUUGGAAACUUUCCGUGGAAAAUAACGCGAAUAAACUGGAAAUGUAGAAAAUUGCGCAUUACUAUGUAAGAACUAGAACGUGCGUAUUCUUCCUAGCCACUAGAGGGAGCUUAUUCCCUGUUGAUGUCAGAACUCUGUGCUGGAAGUGGAGGGUUUAUAGAUGGAAUUUGUCAUGAGCUUACAUGGAGGCUGUAUUGGUUCUGUCACUUGCUUCUUCUCUUCUUGAGACUCUCUCUCUGUUUUUCAACAGUAACUGGAAUGAGGUGUGGUUGGACUAUUGACAUCUAUAUUAUAUAUUACAUAUUGACACUAUUGUCAUCUAGUAGUGUAGCUUGAAAGCGACAAUCAUCAGUCAUUAUUGUCUUAAUAGCAGGCAUCAUACAUGAAUAGCAUGAUAAUUUUGACGUCGCGUCACGGUUUGGGGCUGCAUGAAUGCUGUCGGCACUGGGGAGCUGCGAUUCAUGGGCGGGGUGGGUGGUUGGCGGGUUUGUGUACUAUGACAUUCUGAAGUAGGGCAUGAUCACUGGAUUCCCUGAAAUGGGCCGCAUGGCAGCUAUCCAACAUGACAUCAAGCCCAAACACACCUCCAAGAUGACGUAGUUGAAGUGGCUGACUUAGGAAGCUUAAGGUGAUGGAGCGAUCAACUAUGUCUCCUCCAGACCUGAACCCAAUUGAGCACCUGUCAUCUCACAUCCAAUCCAUUUUGGAUGCCUAUCCCAGCUGACUUUGGGUGAGAGGCCAGGUACACUCUUGACUGGUCACCUGUCAAUCACAGGACUCAUAUAGAGAAACAACCAUUCACACUUAUGGACAAUCCAGUUAGCCUAUUAGCCCCUUUUGGGAUGUGGGAGGAAGGUGGGGUGCUCAGAGAAAAUGUAUGCAAACACAAGGAGAACAUGCAAACUCCGCACAGAUGUUUCAACAGAGAUUCAAACCUGAAUCUAUAGGCUGUGAUGCUGAUGUUUUACGCUUUAUGUGUCCAUGACCAGGAAUGUGAAAAAUUAGUGUACGAGCUGCACCAUCAAAAAGAAAGAGUAUUUCAUCAUCGUUGUGCAUUUUGAAGCCCUCAGUUUUGUGUGAGUGGAAUUUUAGGCAAAAAAAAGAGUUAAGCUUGAAAUAGUACAAAGGUAAGUGGUGAAGUGCCAGAGGAUGAAAAAUAGGUUAAGGUCACCCAGAACUGAAAAAUAAAUUGUAUUUCAGAAUUAUACAAAAAGGCCUGUUUCAGGGACCACAAAAUGGGUCAACAUUUAAAAAAAAAUGGCAAGAAAAAAGGGAAUUAACAAUGGAAGAGAGACAGAUCAUCAUAACACUUAAAAAUGUAGGUUUUUCCUCCAGAGAAAUUGGAGCGUUCUAAAACUUUUGACUGGUAGUGUAUGUUGAAUGGACAUUUUGUAACAUUGUAAUGCGGAACGUGUUAAAUUAGAUUUUUUUUUUUAGAAUAUGCCACGGGCCAAUACGAGCCUAUAAAAACGAGCCACAAAAGGACCUCGAGCCAGCCUUUGGGCACUCUUCACCACUGAACAUGAAAUAUUAUAUUCAGCCUGCAGCAAACAAGACCAAAUCUGUCGGACCUGUUUCACAUCAUCACAGGACCACUCAUUUUCCUCCUACUGGGUGAGAGAGUGCGAGCGAAAGGGAGAGAGAGGCAGGGUGGUCCUCAUCACGACGCUGCUGAGAACGCUGAGUCAUGUAAGAUGAUGCAAACGGAGGCUGAAUGUUGAAAAGCUGCGACCGUCGUAAUGAGCGAGAGGAUUUAGGACUGCUUUGAGACCUUCUGCUGGCUGGAUGCAAAGCCUUGUGGGCUGUGAGGAAAAAGCAAAAAAAGGCUAAAAUGAGUGAGGUCUUUCAUCUGUGAAAUGAUAAGGAGGUGGAGUGGUGAGGGCAGGGAGGGGGGUAGUGCUAAGUGGCGACGUGUCAUUAUGCGAGGGCUUCUCUAUGUGUGUGUGUGUGUGUGUGUGUGCCAGUGACUGAGCGACAGGGAGAGGCUAGCGCUGCAACAGUGAGCACGUGAGAAGCGGGAGGGGUCGCCAUCGCCGACUCCACGCCCCUCUGUGACCACAUCUUUUUAACAGAGCAGCUGAUGGCAAGAACAGAAAGAAUCCGACAACAAUCUGCUGGAUUCUGAUUACCGAGCCCUGUCACCACGGAGACGUCUCUUUUUGCAAAGAACUGGAGCGUUUCUGGAGAAGCUUGUUGCGUCAUUCCUGCCUGAAAUGUCCACGCUGGCUAUAUCCAAUUAUAAAAUAGUACUUGUAACGUUGUAGCUGCUCAGAAAUAGGACAAGAGGAGCUGCAGUUUUUUCCAGAACACUCCGUGUGCACUUCAUCUGGAUUCUACAAGUCACAUCAGAUCUUUUGGCAAAGUUUCCUAAAGAUGACCGCCAUGCAGAAGCUGCUGCAGCUGCCCGUGAACGCGGUUAACAUGGUGAAGACGGUGCAGAGUCAAGUGCAGGGCCUGGAGGAGGACAAGAGCCCCGUGCUGACCCCCGACAGCAGCCAGCAGGCCUGGUACAGCGCCGUGAGGCCAGACGAGCUGCGCCACCUGCGCUCCGGGGGCAUCGCAGGAGGUGGGGGUGGCGAUGGAGGAAGAGAUCACGAGGAACGAGCGCCGCUGGAGGAUGGUGGCGGCGGUAGUGGGAGUUCGCAAAGUCAACCUUUGCGACACGACGACCUGAAGGAGAUGCUGGACAGCAACAAAGACUCGCUGAAGCUGGAGGCAAUGAAACGCAUCGUGGCCAUGAUUGCUCGAGGUAAAAACGCAUCAGACCUUUUCCCCGCUGUGGUGAAAAAUGUGGCUUGUAAAAAUAUUGAGGUGAAGAAGCUGGUCUAUGUUUACUUGGUGCGUUACGCUGAGGAGCAGCAAGACCUUGCGCUGCUCUCCAUCUCCACCUUUCAGCGAGGCUUGAAGGAUCCCAACCAGCUGAUCAGAGCCAGCGCCUUGCGAGUCCUCUCCAGCAUCCGAGUCACCAUCAUCGUUCCCAUAAUGAUGCUGGCCAUCAAAGAGGCCGCGUCCGAUAUGUCCCCGUAUGUCAGGAAGACUGCUGCCCACGCCAUCCCCAAACUCUACAGUCUGGAUCCAGAACAAAAAGACCAGCUGAUUGAAGUCAUUGAGAAACUCCUCGCUGACAAAACCACUCUGGUGGCGGGCAGCGUGGUCAUGGCCUUUGAGGAGGUGUGCCCCGAGCGGAUCGAUCUGAUUCACAAGAAUUACAGGAAGCUGUGUAACCUCCUGAUCGAUGUGGAGGAGUGGGGUCAGGUGGUCAUCAUCAACAUGCUGACCCGCUACGCUAGAACCCAGUUUCUCAACCCAAACGUCAAUGAGUCCCUGCUGGAGGAGGGCGGGGGCAGUGACAAAACCUUCUACGGCUCUGAUGACGACGAGGAUGAAGACGAGCAGGAGAAGGAGAAGAAGGCCGAGGCCGCCGCCAUUGCCAAGAGGAAGCCGUACGUGAUGGAUCCAGACCACAGGCUGCUGCUGAGGAACACCAAGCCGCUUUUGCAGAGCCGCAAUGCAGCUGUGGUGAUGGCUGUGGCUCAGCUCUACUUCCAUCUUGCCCCUAAAGCAGAGGUCGGGGUGAUCGCCAAGGCUCUGGUGCGUCUUCUCCGGAGUCACAGUGAAGUCCAGUAUGUGGUUCUUCAGAAUGUGGCCACUAUGACCAUCAAGAGAAGGGGGAUGUUUGAACCAUACCUGAAGAGUUUCUACAUACGCUCCACAGACCCCACCCAGAUUAAAAUCCUCAAGCUGGAGGUUCUCACCAAUCUGGCCAACGAGACCAACAUCUCCACCAUUCUCAGAGAGUUUCAGACGUACAUCAAAAGCAUGGAUAAAGACUUUGUCGCCGCCACCAUCCAAGCCAUCGGCCGCUGUGCCACCAACAUAGGGGAGGUGAGGGACACGUGCCUGAACGGCCUGGUGCAGCUGCUGUCCAACAGAGAUGAGUUAGUGGUAGCCGAGUCUGUGGUGGUCAUCAAGAAGCUGCUGCAGAUGCAGCCCGAGAAGCACAGUGACAUCAUCAAGCACAUGGCCAAGCUGACGGACAACAUCCAGGUGCCAAUGGCGCGAGCCAGCAUUCUGUGGCUGAUUGGAGAAUACUGUGAGCAUGUACCCAAGAUUGCCCCAGACGUCCUGAGAAAGAUGGCAAAGUCCUUCACCAACGAGGAGGACAUUGUCAAGCUGCAGAUACUCAACCUGGCCGCCAAGCUCUAUCUCACCAACUCCAAACAGACCAAACUGCUGACGCAGUACGUCCUCAACCUCGCCAAAUAUGACCAGAACUAUGACAUUCGUGAUCGGGCGCGCUUCAUUCGCCAGCUCAUUGUGCCCACCGAGAAGAGCGGCGCUCUCAGCAAGUAUGCCAAGAAACUGUUCCUCGCCCUCAAGCCUGCGCCCAUCCUUGAGUCUCCAUUUAAAGAUCGAGACCACUUCCAGUUGGGUUCAUUGUCCCACCUGCUGAACGCCAAAGCCGGGGGCUACCAGGAGUUGCCUGAUUGGCCUGAAGCCGCCCCAGACCCCUCCGUGCGCAACGUGGAGGUGAAGGAGUCUGUAUUUACGCUGCUUGAACGAGUCACAACAUUGACCAGCGUGCCCGAGUGGACCAAGUGCAGCAGCCGUGAGAAGAGGAAGGAGAAGAAAGUGGAGAAGCCGUUCUACUCGGACUCCGAGGGCGAGUCCGGGCCGACGGAGUCUGCAGACAGUGAGUCGUACUCCUCCAGCGGCUCUGAAAGUGGCAGCGGGAGCGGAGAAAGCGGCUCAGGAUCAGAGAGCGAGGAGAGUGAAGAAGCUUCCGAGUCAGAGGAAGAAGAAGACGACGACGAAGAGAAGAAGAAGAAGAAGAAAGAAUUCAAGAAGCCGGUGCAAGAAAGUGAAAGUGAGGAGGAAGAGAGGACGUGCGUGAGGAAGAGUAAACAACGCAAAAGCGAUUCCGAGUCAGAAUCGGACGAAGACGACGAAAGCGAUUCUGAAAGCAGCCAAUCGGAAUCUGAAGACUCCGACUCUGAGGCGGAGGCCAGAAAGAAGAAAAAGACGGGCGAAUCAAAAGCUCCUCCCAAGCCCAUCAAAAAAGACAGCAAGAAAGAAAUGUCGCUGCUCGACCUUGACGAUUUUGAACCUGCGCCUUCGCCUCAAGUGACACCCGUCAGCUCGUUUCUGUCCAACAGCCUGGUGACCGACCUGGAGGGCUUGUCGUUGUCCGACAGCGUUCUCUCGCCCACGGCCAUCUCACCCUGCAGCGCCCAGAAGAGCUACGAGCUGCUGCACCGCAUCACAGGGGAGGGGCUGUCGGUGGAAUACUGCUUCAGCCGACAGCCCUUCGGUGCCGACGCCAACAUGGUGGCUGUGCAGAUGCAGUUCACCAACAGCGCCACCGCCGACGCCAAGAACCUGCACAUUGAGGACGUGAAGCUGCAGUCCGGGAUGAGGGUCAAAGAGUUCCCAGAGAUCGACCUGCUGCCUGCGGGGGAGUCGGCAACGGCUGUGAUGGGCAUCGACUUCUGCGACUCUACACAAGCAGCAAACUUCCAGCUGUGCACUCACACCAGGAAGUUCUUUGUGUCCAUCCAGCCGCCCGUUGGAGAGCUGAUGAAACCGGUUUUUAUGACCGAGAACGAGUUUAAAAAGGAGCAAGGUCAGCUGAUGGGCAUGAACGAGAUCACAGAGAAGCUCACUCCGGACGGAAAGUGCCGGAACGAGCACACCAUCGUCCAGAGAGUGACGGCCGCCGCCAACCUCAGCAGAGUGCCCUGUGGAUCAGACAAAGAGUGCAGUCCUCCUCUUCCUCCUCCUCCACUUCCUCCACCACCUGUGCACAGGUUCGCUGGCAGGACGGUGAGCAGCGGCAGCCUGGUGUUGGUCACUGUGGCGACCAAGGAGGAGGGCGGCGCCCAGCUGACUGUCAACUGCGAGAAGAUGGUGAUCGGCACCAUGCUGGUCAAGGACAUCCUGCUGGCGCUAACGCAGUGACGCGCCGUAGCAAACCCACACUGACCCCAACCCCUCUUUUCCACACUCCAUCCCCCUGCAAGGACAUUUCUGGAAUGGUUGAAAGCGUUUUUUUUUUUUUUUUUUAGCGUUUUUUGACAAUCGGACAGAAAGUCUCAUCUUUGUUCAAACUGACUCCGACUUUGUCGCCCCUCUGGCGGCAGCCUUCAGAAUGACAUCUCUUUUAGUGUAAGUACCUUAUUUAAGUUAUUUAUUGUUACGUUCUAGAUGUUUUGAAAAGGUAGCUAAUAGAAUGUAGCAUGACAAUUCCAUCCCAAACAUUAAAUGUCGGUGCGACAGUGGUACUGAAUGGGUGUGGUGUGUACCUAUGGAAUAUAACCAGCUAUGUAAUCCUUUUUUAAACACUUAUCACAUCCGGGAAUGGAUACAUUUUUUGUCUAAAGUUGGGCCUUAAGAUAUAAGAAAUGUAAGAAGAUAUCACAGCGGUUAUACAUUUGGUUUUAAAAAAUACUUACAUUUGUAGUUAUAGAAAGCUGGCUAUUAUGUUUUGUAGUUUAAAAAAAAUUGUCAUUUUCUUUUUACAAUUUCCAUUCAAUUCCAUAUUAGUACAGUAUCUCUUGCAAUGCUGACACGAUGUAAUACAUUUCCUGUCUUUUCAGACACUUCUCAUGGCAACGGGUCUAUUUAUUUUCUUACUGUUGUUAAUGUAAGAGGUUUUUACCAAAGCAGAUAAAAAUGAAAAAAACAAAAACAAAUCUGUGGCUCAACUCUAUUGUCAUUUUUUUCUGCAUAUAUUAUAAGUUUGUUUUCAGUGGUGACCAAGGGAAAACCUCAAAUGUUUACAAGUAAUGAUGUUCUCACUUUAUUUUUUGUCCCAAGACAACUGUGUGCUGCUUGUUGAGUAUUGGAAGUUUUAUUUAUAAUAAACACAAAUAAAGCCAUAUAAAAUCAUAUUUA